AUUCAAAGGCUUUCAGAGACUCUCAGUGACAGUGUUCUUCAUCUCGAGACACAUUGUAUGACUCAGCUUCCAGCCACGUGGAUCCAGGAUUGAUACUGACCAGACAAUAUCGGGUGAAUCCAGAGAGUCACAAUUUUGCAGAUAUUUUACAAGCACCGGCCGGCCAAUCAUCCAUUACCCGGAGCGCCAUCGAAGUUUAAACACCGACUUCUUUCGGAGCGAAUCUACCAACUUGAUUCCGGUGGACUGAAGAACAGUUGCUAUUUGCCUCACCGUCGACUAGUCCAGAUAUAGACACUCUCUUUCUAGCAAGGUCAUACCAGUCAUUUUCUUAACUGACCAACAUCUCGGAGCAACAUGUAUCACAAAGCCGUCAACGUUCUCGUCAACACGCUUCUUGCGGCCACGUUGUUGUCGUUCAGCUCCUCAUCAUUGACGCGGGCUUGCGGAUCGAAAACGAAGGUGGUCGAUCAGGCCGAACCUACCUACGAUGUGCAGAUUGAUGUGGUGAGGGUACGGCACCAGAGCAGACACACCGGUGUACGAUUCCGUCGAGGUGUAGAAGUGGAUCAGGAGAGCGGAGAGGAACUCGGGCUCACGACACCGUUAUCGAUCUCGAACGCACAAGUCUUCGAUGUCCUUGAUCUAGAUGUCGACGAUGAGGUAUCUGUUAUUGAAUGGUCGAUAGAGGGCGGUUCAGUCAGGGAUUUCUGGGCGCUGUUGAGCAAACACGACAAUAACGCCGAUGAGAUGAUUUCAAGAGAGGAAUUCGCGCAAGUGCAAGUCGAAGUACACCUCUAACGUCACAGCAACAUAAUAUCGUUAAUUUUAUAGAAUUCUUUGAACAUUUUCCCUCUCAACUCAAAACAUUUUCUUUAUCGGAAGACUUUUGAUACAAGGAAUAUCGUUAACAGAGAGAUUGUCUACGUCUUUACUUUGUGAAGUAUGACUCGAACUACCUGGAGGCCUACACUCCAAUAUUGCUUUUUGUUGUUGAGAAAAACGCAAACGCAACCAAACAGCGGACUAUGCGAAGAUAUUACCUACUAACACCGUUAAACUGCGCAGUGUCAAGAUGGUUUUACCAUAGCUCCAUGGUUUUACAGCGUAUUCCAUAAAGAGACUGCACUGUAUAGCCAGGGUUGGAAAUUUCCCGGGAAUUUAUAUAUUUUCCGCCCGCCCAGGUGGGAAAUACUGAACCCCCCUCAAAAAACUUGUAAAUGCUAAAAGGUACUUACGAUGUACUGAGUGGUAUACAGGGGUAUGCGAGAGGGUGCUUGAAACACAUGGACGAUACGCGAAACUAUUCAAGAAGUAUAAUAUUUUGUAGUAUAUCCCUGCAUUUCCAAUGAUGCCUCAUUUUCCUGAAAAAAAAAAACCCAUCGAGGCGGUAUUUACCGGUAUUUACAAGCAGUAUUCCUACUCGUGUGAACCCAGACUGUAGGCCGUGUUCUUUCCAUUAUGGCGAUGCCUGCACUGCAAAAACACCGGUGUUGAUUUAACACCAGCCCGGAAUCUAUAUCUGUCCACACCAGAGAAGUGUUAAACAACACCAGUUGGGUUUUGGUCUAACACCAGAUAUGUGUUUGUACAACACCAAUUAGUAUUAAAACAGCAUUGGUUUAAUUCCAAACUGGUGUUAUUUCAAUACUUCUCUGGUGUGGACAGAUAUAGAUUCCGGGCUGGUGUUAAAACAACACCAGAGUUUUUGCAGUGUACUGUGUAGAGUACCACAUUGGUAGCCUACACCAUGCCUACACGGUGACACGACAUUUGCUCCUGCGACAAUUAUUGCUCAGGGGAGUGUUUCAUCAACAUUUUCAUCCGACAAGUUGUCAGAUCUGACAUCUUUCUCUGAUGUUGAUUGGCUGAGAGGUACUGUUACUAUGGUAACUGUCGGAUAAAAUGGAACGCCCCCCGGUCUUGAUGUCCCAGAGGGCUUAGGGUUAGAGUUAGGAUUGUAAUAUAGCUUUCGGUCCUGAAUAAUAUAAAGACGAGGAUUUAUGGUUUAUUUAGCUUUGGAGGUUAUGUUUUAUGAUUGGCUUAACGUGCACAUUUUCCAUCGUAGCAAUUGUCGCCGGAGCAAGUGUCAUGGAACCCUAAAAACAAAUUACACCUUGUCAGUUCUCAACAUUUCCAUAAAUAAAUCAGACCUAUAUCUGAAACUUUAAGAGAAUAUUUCCUUUGCCCAAGGUGAGACUUUUUACACACUAUAUUUUUAAAGUAUGGAUAUUGAGUCAGGAAUAGCCACAGGGGAGAGAGCAGCCGACCUUCAUCCAUUUCUAAGUUUUCCACAAUACUUUUAGUUAUUGUAUUUUAUCCUACACAAAAUUGGAUUCCUAGCUAAUUUUGGAAAAAAAAUGUAAAUACCAUAUGAUUGUAAAUAGAAAAAUGUAUUUUUGCCCUGAAUAGACUUUUGCACAUCGAUGUGAAUGCAUACUUGUAUUUAUUAUUAUUUUAUUUUUAUAAAGAUGCUUAUUUAAGAAAUACAUCGUGUACAUAGUCCUAUUAGUAUUCGAUCUUCAGACUUUGAAAACUCUCUAAAAGUGGUAGAGUGGAGGAGCCGUGGUGUAGUGGUUCUGACUCUCGCCUUGUAAACAGAGGGUCGUGUGUUCGAAUCCCACCGCGGUCUGGCGUCCUUUGGCAAGGCGUUAAUCCACACUUUGCCACUCUCGACCCAGGUGCUAAAUGGGUACCCGGUAGGAUGUGAAAGUCAUUGUAGCUUGUCCAGUACUGUGUGCGCCUCACCGGCGACUGACUGGAAUACUCCCCAGGGAGUGGAGGAUGUGCACACAUUGUGUGCGGGAAUGACUGAUUGAAUCCGAUGACCGGGGUAAUAUCUGUAAAGCGCUUAGACACGUCGUUCCGAUGUAUUAAGCGCUAUAUAAAAAACAGAUUAUUAUUAUUAUUAGAAUAGUAAUUAGAUUAACCAAGACUUUAUUAUUUAUUCAUCAUGUUUAUAUUGACGGAUCUACACGUUAAACCAAUGAUAAAUAGAAAAACAGUCAUCUUACGAAGAUCUUUAUGCAUGUAUUAAUACUUUAUAAAGUCGUUCGAAUUAACAUUUUUCGGAAAUUCAUUCACUAUAAUAUAGCAAUGAUUCAAAGAAAAUAUCCAAAAGUUCUAGUUUAAUAUAAAAAAUACGAAAGUACUAUAAAUUAUGAAGACCGGAGUAUUUUUCUCUACGACAAAGUCUAAUUAUUAUUUGCAUGUAAAUACAAAAUAUUUUUUUCUUCUGAUAUCUGUAUGAAUAUUGUAUUCUAGCUGGUUAAGUAAAACGUAUUGAGACAGUUUUGCAGCAAAUCGGAUUUGAUCCAUCACUCAAAACGAUAAUGUAAGAUACUGAAAUAAUUAUAACAACUCAAAGUAUACUUAUUUAUAUGAGCUCUAUACCAUGUAUGUAGUAAUGUUUAUACAACAUAGUUUACUAUGGACUGGUCAAGGUUUGUUUGAAUUUGAAUCAAAAUAUUAAAAACUUUAACAGCAAUAUUCAGUUUUCAAUAUUCAUUGCAUAAGAGUUGCUUUAAUCUCUGAAACAAUAUUUUGUUGAACUCUCUUUAAACUCAGAAGGAAUAAAUCAUUUUUUUUUCAUUUUCCAUGAUUCUGAUAGAUUAAUACAUGCUGUUUAGUUUUGUUUUUACUGUGCAAGUUCUUUGCAAGGCAUUGUUUGUAUAUGGUUGCAAGGAAAAACUUAACUUUGAUAAAAUGGUACUUUCUACGACUUGGCGAUGAAAAUUUUCACGCUCGUGAUAAACAAAUACCUCGAAAAUUUCGGGUAAUUUUAAUCAUGUUAAUGUAGUAUUUGUACAUAAAAUGAUUGCUUUUUGGUUUGUAAGUAAAAAAAAUAACAUAAAUGGAGGAUUUCUAUCUAAAUAUUUUUGUACAUAAAGUAUUUAUUGUAGAUUCUAUUUAACA